AUGCGUACCACCUUGGCGAAUGUAUGGCAUCCUAUUGGAGGAAUAUCCAUCUCUGAUCUUGGAGAAAGGAGAUUCAUCUUUCGAUUGUAUAAUGCCGUUGAUGCUGAUCGGUUAGAAAGAGGAGGCCCUUGGAAUUUUAACUCUCAUUUGUUAAUUUUACACAGGCUUUCCGCAGGUGAUGAUCCCUUGGCAAUCCUAUUGGUUUUUCUGGAUUACUGGGUGCUAGUCCAUGAUGUCCCUAUUGGCUUUAUGUCCAAAAAAGUGGCGAGAGCUUUAGGUAAUUUUCUGGGUGUUUUUAUUGACUAUGACUCAACAGCAUUGUCCUUGGGUUAUAGACGAAUUAUGAGAAUAAGAGCUCGGCUGGACACUAGACUACCUCUCAAACGACGGAAAAAACUAAUCCUUGGCAAUGGUAAUCAACAUUACGUUCGUUUUGAAUAUGAAAAGCUCACUGUCUUUUGUUUUCUCUGUGGAAAAUUAGGCCUUGGGGAGAGUUAUUGCCCUCAACGACUUAACAACAUCAACCAAAACAUUAAUCUCGAGUGGGAUGCGUCUCUACGAGCUCCUCCACGAAGGGCGGCGCAGCCGCAAAGCAGAUGGCUUAGGGAGGAAGGGGCUGUUGACUUUCAUUCAUGGCAACCAAAUCUGGUGGGGUAUGGGGAAAACGUUUCCUAUGUUACAUCCAUCCCACCCACGAUCAAUGCCAAUCACAAAAUGGAUAUUAGAGAGCUUGCCUUGAUUACUGCUCAGUCAUCCCAAAAUUCAAGGAACAAGGAUCCUAAAAAUGGGGGUGACAGCCAAGCAUUUAUGGGAACUUCCAGCUCACCAACCAUAUGA